CGCCUCCCGGCCCGCCCGCCCGCCGCCAUUUUGGCUGCUUCGCGUCGCUUCCGCCGCUGGAAGUAAACAGAGAGCGAGCCAGGGACGGAGCGGAGCGGCGACGCGGGUGGGACGGGACGGGGCGGACGGUCGGGCGGCGGAGGUGGCGCUGGGGUCGGCUUUGGCGGAGAGAGCUGAUGUGGCCGGAGCGGAGGCGCCAGCGCGGCCCGAGCCCCGGUUAAUGCGAAGCGCAGCAAGGAGCCGCCAGAAUGAAACGAGGAAGGAAAACUAAUGAGGCCAACAGCAGUUCAUCUGAUGACACAACUGAGAAGGAGUCCAAGAGACACAAGAUUGUAGAGAAGAAAACCACAGUUGUGCAGAGUCCUGACUGGGCAAACCUGCUCCAAGACAUUAUCCUGCAGGUGUUCCAGUACUUGCCACUUCUGGAUCGUGCUCAUGCAUCCCAGGUCUGCAGGAGCUGGAACCAGGUGUUUCAUAUGCCUGAUCUCUGGAGGUGCUUUGAGUUUGAGCUGAAUCAACCAGCCACAUCGAACCUGAGGACUACACACCCCGAGCUAAUCAAGCAGAUAAUAAAGAGGCAUUCCAAUCACCUGCAGUAUGUUAGCUUCAAGGUGGACAGUAGCAAGGAAUCUGCAGAAGCAGCUUGUGAUAUUUUAUCACAGCUUGUGAAUUGCUCUCUGAAAACACUUGGGCUAAUUUCAACUGCCCGGCCAAGCUUCAUGGAUUUACCAAAGUCUCACUUUAUUUCUGCACUGACAGUGGUGUUUGUGAACUCCAAAUCCCUCUCUUCACUUAAGAUUGAUGACACACCCGUAGAUGAUCCAUCUCUCAAGGUUCUGGUGGCUAACAACAGCGACACACUCAAACUGUUGAAAAUGAGCAGCUGUCCUCAUGUUUCUCCAGCUGGUAUCCUCUGUGUGGCUGACCAGUGCCAUGGCUUGCGUGAGCUGGCGCUGAACUACCACCUGCUGAGCGAUGAGCUGCUGCUCGCUCUGUCUUCGGAGAAACACGUCAGGUUGGAACACUUGCGCAUUGACGUGGUCAGUGAAAAUCCCGGACAGACUCAGUUCCACACCCUUCAGAAGAGCAGCUGGGACGCUUUCAUCAAGCAUUCUCCUAAAGUAAAUUUAGUCAUGUACUUUUUCUUGUACGAGGAGGAGUUUGACCCGUUCUUUCGUUACGAGAUACCCGUCACUCACCUGUACUUCGGAAGGUCAGUCAGCAAGGACGUGCUGGGCCGCGUGGGGAUGACGUGCCCACGGCUGGUUGAACUGGUGGUGUGUGCCAAUGGAUUGCGGCCGCUGGACGAGGAGCUGAUCUGCAUCGCGGAGCGGUGCAAGUACCUGUCGGCCGUGGGCCUUGGAGAAUGUGAAGUCUCUUGCAGUGCCUUUGUGGAGUUCGUGAAGAUGUGUGGCGGUCGCCUCUCUCAGCUCUCUAUUAUGGAGGAAGUUUUGAUUCCUGAUCAGAAAUACAGCUUAGAGCAGAUUCAUUGGGAGGUUUCAAAGCAUCUUGGUAGAGUCUGGUUCCCAGACAUGAUGCCCACUUGGUAAAGUCCUUAAAAGACUCCAGGGUGAAUGGAGUAGCACCUUAAACCCAAGCUUACCAUAUUGCAAUUUCCUGUAUAAGCUUAUUUCAUAAUAUAGAUUUUAUUGCAAGUUAAUUAAUGGUUUGAUUAGAAAAUUAAUUUUUCUUUCAAAAAUUGUUUUGGAAUUUGAGAACUAAAAGAGUUCACAGCUCCAAAACCUAUUUUCAUCCAAACAAAUUAAGGUUUUUGUUUUAUAUUUAGUCUUUGUCAUUAAAGGUGACCUCAGAUCUUUUUGGAAAUAAAAAUUAUUUAAAAUAUUGAAAUGCACUUGCAAAAUACCAGUUUUAAUAUGGUGUUUCUCUUUGAUUUAGAUUAGUAGUAUUGGACAAAAUCAUAUUUGAUCUUAAAAAGCCAAGCAAAACCCCACCAAAAUUGCAUGCUUUUGUUGCAGGCUGUAGCAUUUUAAAUCCAGUCACCUCGAUGACAAGAUGAUGAUUAUGAGGAGUGUUUAGUAGCCUGUGAAAUACACAUAUUCUGUUAAGUCAUAAAGGCAAGAGCAAUAUACAAUAAUAAGUUUAGACAUCUAAAGUAUUGAGUUGACCACCUUAUUCAACAGAUUAUUAGUUCCAUCUAAAAUGUAUUUAGAGCGCUAACAACCAGUAGUGUGAGCUACCAAAAGCAGUGUGGGGUUUUUUCCACGCUCUAUGCAUUCUAAUGUAGUUUGCUUAUGAGGUCUCAGAUCUGCAUCUAAACCUGUUUUAAGGUAUUUUAUGUCUAGCUCAGGAAGCGAAAGCAUUCUGGGGGAAAAUGUAGAUACAUUGUAUUUAAAACCACACUGGAGUUAAUGAGCUAUUCUUGCACAUUAACCGGUUUGGCAGCAUACGGUGAGAUGGAAUAAUGUAUGGUUUGUGAAAUGAACCCAGCAAUGUUAUUCUGAUGACGUGGGUGUGAGCAGUGUGAGGUGAGAAAGGUAGAAUUUGAAUGUUGACCAAGAACUUUUUCACAAAACCUUAGACCUUUUGGCUGCUUUCAGUUUGACAGAAAUGACAUUGGAACAGUUGCUUAAGCUGUAUAAACUAACUGUAUACUGUAAAUCUGUUUCAGAAAUGUUUAUGUAUAAAGUGGAUGUUUGAUAGAUGAUAA